GCGAAUGAAUUCCACGACGAGUGACACGAAGCUCUCAUUAUAUCAGCGGACUAUGGCGGACCCAAAUCGGGGCCAUUACAUAGAAAUUGACAGUAAUGACAAUGGUAUAAAUGUGUGGAGGUUCUAGCCCGUCGAUAGUAAUUGUUCAUCCCAAUGGUCGCAGCAAGUUUUUGGACGCUCUUCAGGCAGUUUUUCCCUCCCGCAUCCAAGUGGUCGUUCAACGACAUGCCUGACUUGACAGGUAAAGUGGCAAUAGUCACUGGUGGGAACGUUGGAAUCGGGAAGGAGACAUGCAAACAACUACUAAUCAAGGGUUGUACCGUUUGGCUUGCUGCCCGUUCUCAGUCCAAAGCUGAACAAGCAAUUGCGGAGCUGAAGGAAGAAACUGGGAAAGAGGCUUUGUUUCUUGAGCUUGAUUUGAGUGACUUGAAAGCUGUGAAAGAGUCGGCCGAGAAAUUCAAGCGCCUGUCCCCCACGCUUCAUAUGCUCAUCUGCAACGCUGGUGUCAUGGCCCCUCCCAUUGAACAGCUUACGGCUCAAGGUCAUGAUCUUACAUUCGGUGUUAAUGUCCUUGGUCAUUUCCUCUUCAUACAAAAGUUACUUCCUCUGCUCAAGACUACGUCCAAUUCCCUCACGGACACCCGAAUCGUCUGGGUUGCUUCCUCCGGGCAAUAUUAUUUCAACGACCUCCCCGUCAAUUAUGACAACCUUAAGGACACGCCCUCCCGCACAAAGCUCGGAGUGCAAAAGUCAUACACUCAAAGUAAAUUUAUUACCGUGAUGUUGGGAAUCUAUAUGGGCAAAAUUCUCGCCGAAGACCAGGACUCCAAUGUGAUUUGUAUACAUCUGGAUCCCGGAAAUAUUCAGUCAGACUUGUAUCGACGUCUUCCUUCUCUUCUAGUGACAAUUAUGGAAUGGCUAGUCCUCAAACCGACUUCCAUGGGUGCUGUUACCCAGCUCUUUGCAGCGACGGCUCCAGAAGCUUCGCAAUAUAAUGGAAAGUAUCUUCGGCCAUGGGCGCGUCUUGGAGAGCCCCAUCCUUUGACCAAAGAUGAGACUGAGCAAAAGAAGAUGUGGGAUUACUGCAUGGCUGUUGUUAAGGAGUACGAAUAAGCUCAAUCACACAAUCGCUAUAUACCCUCUGUUUAAGAAUUCCAUUGCGUUAAAAGUAUAUAGGACUUCGAUAACUACCGUAAGAUGACAUUCAUGGGUUGUAAGUACAACAAGUGGGAGCCGUGCAAUGUGAUUACAACAAUCUUGUACAAUUCAUGAACAUCGU